CUUCCGCUGUCCCGGGCCUUUGUCGCUGGUCGGCCACCUUGGGUCUGCGCCCGGCCGCGUUCUUACCUGGAUUCGGGGCUUUGGGUCCUGGGCUCGGUGGCCUGGGCCACAGGGCUGCCGCCACGAUGGAAACUUGAACUUUUCCAGAAUUCCCUCUGAAACUUUGCUGCUGUGGGAUCAAGAGAGGACACUUUAUACCCCAGGAUCUAGAAAUGGAGUUGGUGUCAUUUGAAGAUAUAGCUGUGGAUUUCUCCUGGCAAGAAUGGCAAUACCUUGAUAUUGUUCAGCAAACCCUUUAUAGGGAUGUGAUGCUAGAAAACUACAACAGCCUUGUGUGCUUGGGGCACUGUAUGAGCAAACCAGAGUUGAUCUUCAAGUUAGAGCAAGGAUAUGCACCAUGUAGUGUACCAGAAAGCUCAGCUCAGAGGCAUCCAGCAGAACUAAAACCUCAAGUGAGUAUCUAUUAUACAAAGCCUCAUGAAUAUAAACAAUUCCAGAAAUUUGUCUGUCACAAGUUACAUCCCACUCAUCAGAAUGCUCAGACAUGUGAGGAACCAUAUGAAGGUGAUGGAUGUGAGAAAUCUGUCUUCGGGAAGUCACAACUCACUCUUCACCAGAGAACUCGUACAGUUGGGAAGCCAUAUGGCUGUGGGGAUGCUUUUCUGAAGAAGACAAAUUUCACCAUUCAUCAGAGAACACAUACAGGUGAGAGGCCACCUGAAUGUAAUGAAAAUAAGAAUACUUUUCUGAAGAAGUCAGGUCUCAAUAAUCAGAGAACUCAUUUGGGUGGCAAACUGUAUGAAUGCAAUGGAUGUGGAAAUGCUUUCUUCUCUAAGUCACAACUAAGUGUGCAUCAGAAAACUCACACAGAUGAGAAGCCAUAUGCAUGUAAUAGAUGUGAGAAAACUUUCUUUCAGAAGUUACAACUCACCAUUCAUCAGAGAACCCAUAUAGAUGAAAAACCAUAUGAAUGUAAUGAAUGUGGGAAAGCUUUCUCUCAUAAGUCACAAUUCUACAUUCAUCAGACAACGCAUACAGGUGAGAAACUGUAUGACUUUCGGAAAAGUUUUUACCAGCAGUCAGACUUUACUGUGUAUCACAGAACUCAUGUAGGAGGGAGACCCUAUAAAUGUCAUAGAUGUGGGAGAAUGUUCUUGACUAAGUCAGCCUUCAUUAUACAUCAGAGAACGCACACAGGUGAGAAGCCAUAUCAAUAUAAUGAAUGUGGGAAAUCAUUUCAUAUUAGGAAGGCAAAUCUCACUCUUCGUCAGAAUACUGAUGCAGAUGAGAAACAGUAUGAAUGUAAUGAAUGUGGAAGAGGUUUCUUUUAUAAGUCACAACUCACUGCACAUCAGACAAUUCAUACAGGUAAGAAACCAUAUGAAUGUACUGAAUGUUUGAAAGGUUUCUCUCACAAGUCAUCCCUCGCCAUUCAUCAGAGAAUACAUACAGGUGAGAAACCAUAUGAAUGUACUGAAUGUUUGAAAGGUUUCUCUCGGAAGACAUACCUCGCCGUUCAUCAGAGAAUACAUACAGGUGAGAAACCAUAUGAAUGUAAUAAAUGUGAGAGAGCUUUCUAUCGUAAGUCACACUUCAUUAGUCAUCAGAGAACACAUACAGGUGAGAAACCAUAUGCAUGUAAUGAAUGUGGGAAAGCUUACUGCAGUAAGUCAGCAUUCAAUGUGCAUCAGAAAACUCACACAGGUAAGAAACCAUAUGAAUGUAAUGAAUGUUCGAAAGCUUUCCUUAGUAAGUCACACCUCAUCAUUCAUCAGAGAACACAUACAGGUGAGAAACCAUAUGGUUGUAAUGAAUGUGAGAAAGUUUUCUCUAAUAAAUCAAACCUCAUCGUUCAUCAGAGAACACAUACAAGUGAGAAGCCAUAUGAAUGUAAUGAAUGUGAGAGAGCUUUCUAUCGUAAGUCACACUUCAUUAUUCAUCAGAGAACACAUACAGGUGAGAAACCAUAUGAAUGUAAUGAAUGUGGGAAAGCUUUCUUCCACAAGUCAGGACUCAGUGUGCAUCAGAAAACUCACAAAGGUGAGAAACCAUACAAAUGUAAUGAAUGUGAGAGAGCUUUCUCUUGUAAGUCACACCUCAUCAACCAUCAGAAAACACAUACAGGUGAGAAACCAUAUGGAUGUAAUGAAUGUGAGAAAAUUUUCUCUUAUAAGUCAUACCUCAUUAGCCAUCAGAGAACACAUACAGGUGAGAAACCAUAUGAAUGUAAUGAAUGUGAUACAAGAUUCUCUCGCAAGUCAAAACUCACCAUUCAUCAGAGAAUACAUACAGGUGAGAAACCAUAUGGAUGUAAUGAAUGUGAGAAAGCUUUCUCUAAUAAAUCAAAUCUCAUCAGUCAUCAGAGAACACAUACAGGUGAGAAGCCAUAUGAAUGUAAUGAAUGUGAGAAAGCUUUCUCUCAUAAGUCACACCUCACUACUCAUCAGAGAACACAUACAGGUGAGAAACCAUAUGAAUGUAAUAAAUGUGGGAAAGGUUUCACUUCUAGGGCACAACUCACCAUCCAUCAGAGAAUACAUACAGGUGAGAAACCAUAUGGAUGUAAUGAAUGUAAGAAAGGUUUCAUUUCUAAGUCACAACUCACCAUCCAUCAGAGAACACAUACAGGUGAGAAACCAUAUGGAUGUAAUGAAUGUAAGAAAGGUUUCUCUUUUAAGUCUCACCUUAUCAUGCACCAGAGAACACAUACAGGUGAGAAACCAUAUGGAUGUAAUGAAUGUAAGAAAGGUUUCUCUCAGAAAUCACACCUCAUCAUUCAUCAGAGAACACAUACAGGUAAACCAUAGGGAUCUAACGAAUGUGAGGCAAGUUUCUCUUGUAAAUCAUAAUUACCACUCAUCAGAGAACACAUACAGGUGAGAAACCAUAUGGAUGUAAUGAAUGUGAAGAAACUCUCUACCAAAAGUUACAACUCAUCAUUCAUCAAUGAAGACAUACAGGUGAGAAACUGUGUAAAUAUAAUGAGUGUAGGAGAGCUUUCAAGUUACUUCACAUCAGAAAAUUUACACAGGUGCAAAAACAUAUGCAUGCAAUAGAUGUGAAAAAUCUUUCUUCUGGAAAUCACACCACACCACAUUUGGGUGAUAAAUCAAAGGAAUGUAAUGAAUGUUGUAAAGCUUUCUUCUUCAAGUCACCACUCACCAUACAUCAGCAAAUUUACACAGUUGGGAAGCUGAAUAAAUAUGUGAAAACUCUCUUGUGGAAGUCACACCUUAUCAUUCAUCACAAAACACAGAGUUGCGAAGCCAUAUUAAUGUAUUGAAUGUGAAAAAGCUUUCUUCUGGAAGUCAAACUUAACUAUAUACCAGAGAAUCCAUACUGAUGAUAACCCAUAAGAAUGUGUUUAAUGUAGCAAAGCUUUCUUCAAGUCACUAGUCACUGUACAUUAGGAGCUCGUUCAGUUGAGUCAUAUGGGUAUAAUAAAUGUAAAAUGGUUAUCUACUGGAAAUUUGCUUAGGAGCCCUGUGAAUAUAAAGAAUGCAAAGGAAAAUUUCACUGCAAGUCAUACAUCACUGUACAUGAGAGAACUCAUACAAGUGAGAUAUCUUGCAAAUAAAGAACAAAGCUAUCAUCUUC